UUCAUGUCUGACAGAACAGGAGGAAGAGGAGAAGAGGAGGGAGGACAAGGAGGGAAGUGACGGGCUUUUUCUGACUCUUUACGCUCCAGAGAAGUUUUUGUCCAUGUCACCAGUGGAGCCGAGGCCAGGACAGCCAGCACUGACGCUCUGUGACAUUUCCAACGGAUUAAUUUAAGCAGCCCGGGACCCCAUAGCGGUCAUGGACUUCAACCUGCUGACGGACGGAGAGGCCCGCAGUCCGGCCCUGUCGCUGUCCGACUCAGGGACGCCGCAGCACGACCCGGGAUGCAAAGGCCACGACAACAGCGACACAGAGAAAUCCCACCAGAACCAGCUGGACGAGUCCAGCGCCGAAGACGGCUCUCUGAAGAAGAAGCAGCGGCGGCAGAGGACUCACUUCACCAGCCAGCAGCUGCAGGAGCUGGAGGCCACGUUCCAGAGGAACCGCUACCCCGACAUGAGCACCAGGGAGGAGAUCGCUGUGUGGACCAACCUCACGGAGGCCCGGGUCCGGGUAUGGUUCAAAAACCGACGUGCCAAGUGGAGAAAACGUGAAAGGAACCAGCAGGCAGAGUUGUGUAAGAAUGGCUUCGGUGCCCAGUUCAAUGGACUCAUGCAGCCCUAUGAUGACAUGUACACAGGUUACUCCUACAACAACUGGGCAACCAAGAGCCUAGCAAGCAGUCCGCUCUCUGCCAAGAGCUUCCCAUUCUUUAAUUCAAUGAAUGUAAGCCCCUUGUCAUCCCAGCCCAUGUUCUCCCCCCCCAGCUCCAUCCCCUCCAUGAACAUGGCCUCCAGCAUGGUGCCCUCUGCUGUGGCCGGGGUUCCUGCCACGGGGCUCAACAACUUGGGCAACCUCAACAACCUCAACAGCCCCACAGCGCUCAACUCCGUAGCAGUGACUGCAGCCACUUGCCCCUACGCCACCACAGCAAGCCCCUAUAUGUACAGAGACACCUGCAACUCCAGCCUGGCUAGCCUGCGGCUCAAAGCCAAGCAGCACACCAACUUUGCUUAUCCAACAGUGCAGAACCCCGUGUCCAACCUCAGCCCCUGCCAAUACGCUGUGGACCGGCCGGUAUGAAGAAAAAGCUCCAACUCUGACUCCUGACCGAACCUACCAGCUCUUAGCCCUUGUUACUCCACAUCCUAUCUCUUCAGAUCCAUCUCAUAACUGCCAGAUGUGCAGUCGACUGGCAGCUUGCAUUUUGAUGGUUCACAAUGAGAAUUAUUCUCAAAACUGACAAAGCAAAUAGACAUCUUCAGAUAGACUACCGCCCUUGGAAGGAGUUUUCUCCAGUUUGUGAGACUUUGUUGCUGAACUGACCAAUAAUUUCAAAGGAUUUCUAGAGAUUAGUGUCCAUAAUGAUUUUCCUGUUUCUGAACUGCAUGGCUAGAGUACAAAACAUGGAUGCUUCUACUCGACUGUCGGCCAGCAGCUUGGCCCAAACACAUCCAAUGGCAUCUUUGCCACUACUGAAGGAAGAAGGACCUGUGGUGGCAAUGUAAGAGAAAUGGAGGGUGUAUAUAUUGGACUUCUACUGUUUUGUAUGUGACAUAAAAGUAUAUGAAAAUGUAGUAAUUCAAACAUGAGAAAAGCAUGCUCUUUAUAAGCAAAGACCCUAGGUUGAUGUGCAACGAGCACAUCAUUUAGGUAAGUUCAAACAUGGUUGUGAAAUCCGCUCAACCUGGAAGGUCACAAACCAAAGAGCGACUGAAAUGGGUGAGAGGAGGCCAGUUCUGCAAAGUUUCUCAACUCCAAAUCAGCAAUUCACAUAGACAUUUACCAAAAGAUUACCAGAAGCAACAUUUUUCAAGUAAAGCUCUGAAAAGCCAUUGAAUAUAUACAUUUGUGUGGUGUUAUAAAAAGGGAGUCCAUGGCUGUAAAAAAAAAAAAAAAAAAAUCUAUGUAAGAGUGCAGUUGUUAUAAGAAGAAAAGAAAAAAAAAGCUUUUUUUCCUGGUGUAGCCUGCUUUGUCUCAUUAAAGAACCAGUUGAAGGAUAUGUUUCUAACUACAAAUAGACGUUUAAGUUGAACAGAGAAGCACUUAUCCCUCGACAGCUCCAACGUACAGCUUCUUACAACGGUUGUGUGACGCUGGCCAACACAUGAUGUUCCCACAACAAUGAACGGAGCACCAUGGAAACUCCAACUCACCUCCAUGGCAACAGUUACGCAACGCUGCAAGAGUGUCGUGGGCCGGGGAGAGGAAAGCUGGGAGAGAUAUAGAUGUUCCUGAUGGCCGCUCACUGAUAUGUCUGACCCCGACUCUGUGUGGUAACCACAGGCUAUCCGGUAACACAGCAGGAAUUCAUGGAGGUACUGUAGGGGUGGAGGCAGAGCCAGGAUUAUAAAAGGGCCUGGAGUAGCCACAGAUGAGGGUUAGCAGCCCAUAAAUCCCCACCAACCUCUGCAACUCUAUCACAUUUUCUAUGACUGCGUUUCCAUGCAUCAAUAACCCUUUUAAAACCCGAAUAUUGGCAAUAACCCGAAUUUGCACGGCCAUGUAAACACCAAUAACCCCUUUGAAUAACCCGAAUUUGCUCAUAUUGGGGUUUUUAAAAACCCCAAUAUGAGCCCUGGGUUACUCCUUUUAAAACCUGAAUAUUGGGUCAUGUAAACGCCAAACGGAAUAUUCCCAUCAAACGGAACAUGAAUUUGUUUUC